AUGUUUAAAGGUUUCGAAAAAAAAAAGCCGUCACCAGGCUUAAACGAUUGUGGAGUUUCAAAAAGCCUUAUUAAACAUGGUAUAUCAUUAGUAAUGUUGAAUCCUGAUGUUUUGCGAGUAGGAAGACCUGUGGAUCCUCAGAAAGCAGCAUCCGUGGCGAAUUUGUUGAGUAAGCAUUAUGAAUGGAGAGAGUUGCCAAAUUUAAAGUUCUAUAAAGAAGUAAAUGAUCAAGAUCCAGUACAUCCUCUUCAAAUGAUCCCAGAAGACGUCAAUGAUGUUGUUUGCUGCCAAAAUAAUGAUGGUCUUGGAACAGGCAUUGAUUUAAGAAUUUAG